AUGACUAAUACAGAGUGUUCAAAACAAUUAGAAAGUACUGUUAAAUUUGUUCAAGAAGCAAUAAAUCGAUUUGCUCUUCAUGAUUCUCUUAAAUAUAAUUUUUUAGUUCAACAAUUAAAUAACCCUUUUAAUGAUAAAAUAAUAACGUGGAUUGAAUCACUAACUCAAUGUACUUCAUUAAUUCAAUCAACUCAUACUGAAUUAUUAAAUGCAAUAUAUACAAUUAAACUUCCUCCAAGUCAACCUAUUUAUGAAGGUUAUGGAACACUUCUUCUUCAUUUAGUUACAGCAAAUACAACACAUGUUCAAGGUGCUCUUAAUUCUUUAUUUCUUAGAGUUAUUCCAGAUAAUGAAGUAAUUUUUCCUGUCUUAAGUAAUCUCUUUCAAAAAUUUAUUGAAGUUGUUCCUCUUUCUUCUAGAGUUUUUCCACAAAUUUUUACUAAAUGUGUUCCUACACGUUGGAGACCAAUUAAUGAAUUUUGUACAUAUAUUUUAUUCUUUUUAAAAGCUAUUCCUUCAGUACCAGAAGUUGCAGGAUUAGCAAUUUUAGCUAGUAUUGAUCGAGCAGUUUUAUAUGAUUCUGAAUUACAAAAAUCUACAGAAUUAUUUGCUAUGGAAGAAAAUGAUACAGCAAGUUCAUUAGAUAAUAUUAUUUCUUUCUUACUUGGAUGGAUAAAAGAUAUUCCAUUAGAAUUAGAACAAAGUUUUUUUAUUGCUUUUGAUGCAUAUGUUGCAAGAGCAAGUUAUUUAACACAUGUACCAAUUGCUUAUUUAUCAUAUUGUUAUAAUGAAGAAAGAUGUUGUAAAUUUGUUAAAUUUUUAAUAGAAAAUGUACAAAAUCAUAAUAUUAAUGAUAGUUAUCGUGCAUUAUAUAUUUGUCAUCUUGGAGGAUUUGUUGCAGAUUCAACAAUAUUACCUGCUACUAUAACAUUAGAAAUAAUUAAUCAAAUUGGAGAAAUAUUUAAAAUAGAAAAUAAUGUUAUUAUUAAAUUAUUAUUAUGUCAACAAGUUUUUCGUAUUAUUAAUAAUAAAAUUAUUGAAUUACAAACAAGAACAGAUAUUAGUAGAUUAUUUGGACAACAAUCAAUAUUAGUUCAUAUGAUAGUUGAUCAAUGUAAUCCUCUUGGUAAUUGUAGUCAAAAAACAAUUAGAGAAUUUGUUAAUAUUUGUAAAGAAAAACAAUUAAUGGACCCACAACAAGUAUUAGCUCAACAUGCUUUGUUAAGUGAACCUCAAUUUAUUAGUUGUCCUUUAUGUUCAUAUGAUCCUUAUGAUGUCCCAAGUACUUUUAGAGAAAAUGUAAAGAAUUUAAUUGUUGAACGUCAUAUUGAUGAAAUUCAACCAACUACAUCUAAAGAAGAAUCAUCAUGGCAACAAAAUUCUUGGGACUUUUCUUUAUAA